UCAGCCAAGACACUCCAAAGGGACCAACCUACUGAAAACCAUGACGACUCUGCUUCGUCUGACUAUCCUCAUCGUGGCUGUUGCCGGCGUGCUCGGAGGCUCCAAAAGGGCGGCUAGGGCGGCUACGGCGGCUACAGCGGCUACGCCGGCUACGGCGGCUACGCCCGCUACGGCGGCUACGCCAGCUAGGAAGGCUAGGGCGGCUACGGCGGCUACACCGGCCACGCCGGCUACGGCGGCUACGCCUGCUAGGAAGGCUAGGGCGGCUACGGCGGCUACACCGGCCACGCCGGCUACGGCGGCUACGCCUGCUAGGAAGGCUAGGGCGGCUACGGCGGCUACACCGGCCACGCCGGCUACAGCGGCUACGCCAGCUAGGAGGGCUAGGGCGGCUACGGCUGCUACACCGGCCACGCCAGCUACGGCGGCUACACCUGCUAGGAAAGCUAGGGCGGCUACGGCGGCUACGCCGGCUACGGCGGCUACGCCAGCUAGGGCGGCUAGGGAGGCUAGGGCGGCUACGGCGGCUGCGCCGGCCACGCCGGCUACGGCGGCUACGCCAGCUAGGAAGGCUAGGGCGGCUACGCCCGCUACGGCGGCUACAGCGGCCACGCCCGCCACGGCGGCUACGGCGGCUGCGUAGCCGACAACUACGGCGGCUACGGGCUUGCAUACGGAAGCAGUCUGCGCCAUGGAGGAGUGUACAGCAGAUACGGCGGGCUCGGAUCCUACGGCGGACACGGAAGCUUCUAUGGUUGAAAUCCAAA